CGUUCUCGUCGCAAGAGUUUGCGGCGUUUGCAGCGUCAUACGGCUUUAACCACGGGACCAGCAGUUCAUACUACGCUCAAUCGAACGGAGAGGCGGAGAGGAUGGUGCGUACAAUCAAAGACCUGUUUCGCAAGUCAAAGGAUCCUCAUCUGGCUCUGCUCAGCUAUCGGGAUACUCCAGGAGUCGACGGCUUUAGUCCAGCCCAGCUGUUGAUGGGACGUCAACUCAGAACCAAAGUACCAAAGCAAGACUCCCAGCAACGUCCCAACUGGCCGCCAACGAAACGUGUCGUCGCCAAGGAUGCGGCUUACAAGCAGAAGCAGGCUGACAACUACAAGAGGCAUCACGGAGCUCGAGACUUACCGCCACUCCAAACAGUCCUCAGUCCGGGGCAAAGACCAAGAAGCUACGUGGUCGAAACGAAGCGAGGUGGCACCCUACAGCGCAACCAGCGUCACCUAGUGUCUUUUGGGCCUACUGCCUCCGGAGAGGAACCAACACCACUGCAGCAAGUUCGCUGUCAGGAACCUCAGCCUGCCAACAUCGUGGAAUCAACGGUCCCCCUCGGACAGUCUGUGCAACAGUCCCCUGCAGUCAGGGACCGCAGUGAUGGUGUGACAGGAACACGUUACGGCCGGCCUGUUGUUCCGCCGCGCCGUUUGAACUUGUGAAACUGUUGACACGUUUUUCUUCCUGAGUCCCUCCCGUCUAACCUUCAAUGCUUCAAGGGGGGAGAUGUAGAGGUCGCCACAGUUCAGCCCUGUUUUUUAGGCUGCCACCAGAGUGUGGCGCCCCCAGUGACCUGUGUGUGUCUAUAUAUGUUCGGGCCCAAUAAAGGAGGGUCAUUCCCUUUUCGUCUAAGAAAGUGGCGGUACGUGUCGGUCCGUCGCUGCGUGCCCGUGCCCCGCGGCACUAACCACGCGACAAAGAGUCCCGUGGCCCAUUACUUCCCGCGGAAAAACUAA